AUGUCUGAAGUUAAAGGAUGGGCUGCAGCUUGUGGUGUGCUGUCUGCAGUCCUGGGUGUAGUUCUGGUAGCCUUUAUGAACAGACUGUCCUCAGGGUGGCUCAAAACCCUACUACUCCUACUAUCAGUCCUGGUCAUAGCCCUCAUGGUCCUCAUUGUAGUUGAUGCUGUCCAAAAACCUGAUCAAGGUCACGAUGGCACCAGCUGUCCUCAGCGUAAGGAGUUUGGUGACAAUCCUAAGUGUCCUCUGCUUAUGGCCGCAUUUCCAUUGGCCGGAUUUGCCAUGAUGCUCAAUAUUAGACUAUGUUAUUCUACAGCUCCAUAUGCCCUCAUGAGGUUCAGGUUACCAGAAAACCUAUUCAGUGUCUUUGUCAGAAGAAUGGCAACGUCACUGGAGAUCUGGUGUCUGCCAGGCUUCGUCAUUGGUGACGCACUGGACCACGCCGUUCAAGCUGAAGCCACAAUUAAGAAAGACUCCGACAGCCAGGGCACUGGCAACCCAGAGUUUAAGCGGUGGAAGCUCUAUGCUAUCAUUUGGCCAUCCAUUCUUGCUCAAUGGCUUAAUUUCUUAUCUUACGUUAUAUUGUUGUUAGUCUAUGUGCCAGGAGAACAAGGUCAUCUCACUACCUUUUACUACGUGAUAGCAGUUUCAGGCUUUGUCUUUGGUAUCUCUAAUCCUUUGGUAUUUGCUUGUGACACUAGCUACCUGCCCAUAUACAUAGCUGGAGAAAAUUCAUUUCCAGUCCUAACAUCAUUCAUCCACUACCUUGGAACCCUCCUAUUUGGCAACAGAAGGAAGUGGAACAGUGACUUCAUAAUAGUCUACAUAGACAUAUGGGUUGCCAUCCUAAUAUCCCUUGUAGCUGCUGUUCUGUGGACAGUAGGAUACCUGAUCUUAGAACUUACUGAAACUGCAACUCAGGAUCCCAGUGAGAUGCAACACAUUCAUCCAUUUACGUUUGGUGCUGCUAAUGCUAGCUUCGAUCAACUUUCACCAGUCCUCAUGAUCAUUGUUGGAAUGGGUCUUGUUUACAUGGUAUAUCCAGCUAUAGCUCCUGGUCUCAUUGUGCCAUUUUACCUCGUUGAUAAGAUUGAGAUGGUACUCCUUAUAGCCACAUUCUUUCCACCAGUCAUUCAGGCCGUCCUAAUCAAACACAAAGGUGAGUGGUCAGUUAAAUACUACGAAUACCCUAGUUUCCAGAGGUGGUCACAAUAUGGUGCUGGCAAUUUUUAUCAUUUCCUUGUUACACUAGCUCCACUUCAAAUCUGUCUAGCUAUCAUAUUUGUUUACUCACUUCAUCACAGAGAAUCCAAUGUUGCCAGAUCCAUCAUCAACCAACCUAAGAUGUCUACAUUCCUGACCAUUCUAUUCUAUAUGUGUCAUGAGUGUAUGUUAGCUUUAGGAUUCAGUGGAUUCAUAGGUAAUAAAGGAGGUGACCUGAUUUUGAUACCCCAAUACAUAGGUGCUCUAAUAAUGAUCUUUGGAGCAAUGUACUCUGAAGGCUACAUUAUUGAGUAUAAGAAACAUGAUCCUAAAAAUUGGCCUACAGCAGGAAUGACUGGCUGGAAUGCCUUUAAGUACUGGGCCAAAAUGGGAUCCAAGAACUGCAACCACAACCUAAAGCAUCUGUUUACCAAGGAUCUACGGAGAGACCUGUUACUGUGCAUAGAAAGAAAUGAGCUGAUAUAA